CAGCAAACUUUAACAGACUGCGCUGCUAGAACAGUUACAGUCUGACAGUAGAACAACCUAUCCAUUUUAUCUGAUAUUUAUCUUGAAAACAGAUCCCUUGGUUAUCUUUGGUGGAUAGAAUAAGAAAAAAGUUUGAACGCAUCGGAUACCAAUGCCCACGAUCCAUCCGUAAAUAGAAUUCAGCCGCGUCUGGGCUAAGCACGUAUAACGACAGACGUGGUUCUAAACUUCACUUUUGCUACAAAAAAAUGGCAUCGCUGGCAUCUAUGAUUCUGCCACUGUUAUUUUCGACAAUCCUUAUCAAUGUCGUCAUCGUCAAAACGGAGGACACAAAGACCGAGUCACCAACCGAGCACGGCUUGGGUGUGAAAAGUGGCGGGGAGGAGCCGCAGAUCACCCCGGGCAAAUCUGCCCCAAACACGGCAGGCGGACUUGACCCCAUGGCGGUGUGGGACAAACUCAUGAAGGACAUCUCGACCGAGCAAACUCGCCCUCGACGGCAGGCAGGCGGGGGUUAUAACCCCAUCCAAAAGGGCCGCAGUUCUGCGGCCGAAAGCCCCAAAAGGAAAUAUCUCCACCAUCUCCAGAGGCAGGGGGAGCAACUGAAACAGAAACUUGGACGGCACCACUUUCCCAAAGCCAACUCGGCAAAGCAGGGUUCGCUUCGGGCCAGACAAUGGCAGAAACAGAAGCAGGACAUCCUCAAGUACCAGAGAAACCAGCAACGGCUCAAGCACUCGAAGAAAUCGGACUUGUACGGGGCCGGUAAGGGUGCAGUAACCGGAAGGAGGCUACCGAAGAGCCGGGUUCAUUUCACCCCUCUUGGGGUCGCUGCUCCGGUUGGGCCUAUUCAGGAAGAGAAACGCAUGCGUCGGCUGUACGGGAAGUACUUCAACGACAAAGAUGAUGAAAUCAAAUUCUCCCUACCCAAGCGUCUCCUGGGUAACUGCUGGAUGCAGGCCAUGGUCGGCAGAUUAUUCAAACCGAGUUGCAACGAGGACGGCACCUACAGCCCCAAGCAGUGCCACAGGAAACGGUGUUGGUGCAGCGACAAAUACGGCAAACCGAUCAAGCGCUCCGGUGGUCACCAUAACGAAGGUUUCUACCAAGGGAUCAAAGCGUUGACCCUCCAUUGCUAAUGCCAGCUCGUGGAUCUUCUGAAAAUUGCUUAUUAAGGUUGCAGACCAGUAAAUAAACCGCCAUGGACCCUAGUUAUAAAGACGCCCAAUUCCGAAAUUCAAG